AUGUUUAAAAUUAUCAUUAUUCUACUUAUUAGUUUAUUAAAUCUGCCACGAGCAACACCAUGUGCAGCUCUGUAUGGACAAUGUGGUGGAAAAGAAUGGACAGGUUCAACACAAUGUUGUAGUGGAUCAACAUGUACAUUUGGUAAUGAUUAUUAUUCACAAUGUUUACCAUCAUCUGAUUCAUCAAGUUCAAGUAGUCCUACUACUAUUAAAACAACACAGUCACCAUCUGUUGCUGUUGAUGACAGUCGUCAACAUGGUGUUACAACUCGUUAUUGGGAUUGUUGUAAAGCAAGUUGUGGUUGGGGAGGUAAAGCAUCUGUUACAAAUCCUGUAAAGACUUGUGCACGUGAUGGUUUUACAUCUGUUGAUGUCAAUGCUCAAUCAGGUUGUAAUGGUGGUAGUGCAUAUAUGUGUAGUAAUCAACAACCAUGGAAUGUUAGUUCUUCUCUUUCCUAUGGUUAUGCAGCUGCUUAUAUUACUAAUCAACGAGAAUCAGACUGGUGUUGUGCUUGUUAUUCAUUACUAUUUACAUCGGGUCCAGUUAUUGGUAAAGAAUUAAUUGUUCAAGUAACAAACACAGGUGGUGAUUUGGGUAAAAAUCAUUUUGAUCUUCAAAUGCCGGGUGGUGGCGUAGGUCUUUUUGAUGGAUGUUCAAGUCAAUUUAUUGGUUCAUAUUCAUGGGGUGAUCGUUAUGGCGGUGUAAGAACACGAUCAGAUUGUGAUAAACUUCCAGCUAGUAUUCGAGCAGGAUGUUUUUGGCGAUUUGAUUGGUUUAAAAAUGCUGAUAAUCCAUCAAUGAGUUUUAAGAAAGUUACAUGUCCACCUGCUCUUACUGCAAAUACACAAUGUAUUCGGAAAUAA